AUGAACACACACACGGUCAAGCCAGCGCUCAACAAGUUUCUGCCCGAGUCCGUGUACGGCCGGACCUUCCUCCUGAUCACCGUGCUGGAGUCGGGCGUGGACAUCAUCCUGGAGGCGAUCGUCAUCGCCCGGCUGAACCUCAUCCACUCCUUGACCCUCCCGCUCGGCGCCACGGCCACCCGCGCCCCGCUGGCCGUCUACCUCGCCAUCUUCAUCCUCGCCCAUCUCUUCCAGCUCUACUUCGCCCUCGACGCCCUCCGCCACAAGAACACCAUCCAGCUCAUCGGGCUCUGCUGCUUCAACUUCGCCUUCCUCGUCUACGCUGUCAUCCAAGUGCCUGAAAUCAGGGAAAUCGAGGCCGCCAAGGGCAUCGCUACCAACUCCACCGACUCCACCCCCGCCAUCAUCCUCCUCAUCAUCCCCGCUUGCAUCGGGCUCUCCCAGCUCGCCUUCGGCUACCUGACAUGGCAUCUCUUCAAGGAGUUUGGCUGGCAGAUCUACAAGCAGAUCGGCGCCGACCGCAAGAUCAAGCGGGUCUAUCUAUGGUACCAGAUUUUUAUGUGUCUGUUGAAGUUCGACUACUUCUUCUUCAUCGCUUUCUCCGUCCAGCUCGUCCUCCUCGUGCCCUCAGUAAGCCCGCUCGAGCGCGUCCUCACCGUCAUCGCCCUGCCGAUCACCCUCCUGCUCCUAGUGCUCGGAUACUACGCCGUCCGCAACGAGCGCAGCCCGGUCAUCUUCUCCUUCAUGGUCGGCCUGCUCUCCGGCUCUUCGUACUUCGUCUACAAAUUGUUUAGGAUUUGGCAAGGCCGGAUGGACCCCAACUCGUACCAAAACGUCUUCAAGUCCUUGACAGUCUUCUCGGUGUCGUGUCUGUUGAUGACCCUGUUGAGCUUCACAUCCGCAAUCAUCUGCUGGCGGAACUUCGGGAAAGGGCUGAAGGCCCAGAUCGACAAGAACUCGAGCAGCAGGAAGCACCUUCCGCGCCGCCGGCGAGACCCCGCCGGACAAGUGUAUGGCGGCGGGAUGCAGGGCAUGGGCGUGAGCGAGCACGGCGGGUCAGGGCGCAGGGGGAGCGGGACGAGCAUGAACACGAUGACGAAGAAGGGGAUGGAGGGGGGCUAUGGGCUGGAGGAGCAGGAGCCGCAGAAGCUGGCGACCUUCAAGACGAAUGCCGGCGGCUUCCUGCAUGACGACAACCCCACGCUCAACUCGGCCACCGACGACGCCCAUAAACGCAUGUCCAUCGACUAA